AUGUCAGAAUAUAGUGAUAUUGCUGGAAGCGAAGAUGUGAUCUCACUUACUUGUGAAAGUCAAGAAACACUCAAUGAACAUUCAUAUCGAACUAAACAAUUAGCAAAUCGUACUGAUAAAAGUACGCCUAUGAAAGAUCAAGCAAAAGAAAAUCAAAAACCAAUCGAACAGGUUAAUAAUGAAGAGGUUGAUGGUAUGCAAACAGACGCUCAAAAUCGUCCAAUUUCAACAGUUAACAAUGGAGUAUCAACUGAACAACCAACAUCUUCGAUUGAUACUCAGAAUACCUUAAUACCGGAUAAUCCAUUUAUUAUUCGACCACCGUUGGCUCAAUCAACAUUAACUGAUGAAAGUGGUAUUUCAACUGAAAAAGGUAGUACAUAA